AUGGCGGCUGCUGGGUCUUCUCCCUUCUCACUCGGUCUCUCGCCUACCUUAUCUUCUCCUCCAGCGGCCGCUCCCUCUUCCUCAAUUCCCUUCUCGGUUUUUCGGUUCGGAAGAUGCACACGAGGAGCCGCAGUCAAUUCGCGGAGGCUUCAUCUCCGUCGCUCCUUCCGCGCGCGCCUACUGCCCUGCGAGGAAGGCACAGAAGAAGAGCCCUCCUCCAGAGGAACGACGAUUACGCCGAAGAAAACUCAGAAGCCCCGGUCAGAUUUCUACGAGCAGACGGGGCGGUGGUCCGUCAAAGUGCCUUCUCAAAGGACGCGGUUCCCUUGGCAAGAGAAGGUAGCUGAGGUCGUGGAAGAGAAGAACCAGGAACCUUUUGUCCCUGCUCGCUCGCCGCGUAAACCGUUGGUGGCCGAAAAUGGGUCAUCUCCGAUGGCUCGACCCGUCCGCAAUCAUCAGAUGGGUCGCGUGGUUUCGACUACUUCGCCUCAGGGAUCCAAAUCCAGAGGAGCAUUGUCUUCUUCGACGAGGACUGUUUUUAAACAGGAUAGUAAGGGUUCGAAGACUGGUUCCGCAGCGCCAGAGGUUUCAAUUCGACACAGCGAAGAUUCGAACGAAGGCCAGCGUUCGGCGGAUUCUGAUAGUGGAAAAAGGACCACUCCCAAUGAUUACCCAGACUUUCUCUCUCUUCUCAUGGAUGAGAUCGAUGUGGGUGGUGAGCCGCCAGCAUCUGUUCCUGUUGCUCAUGGAGUAAGAGGCGGGGGCACCUCUCUGAAUGGGGACGAUGGACGCCAGAUUCCUUGUGAGAAUCUUGAGGCAAACAAAGAAGCGGAGAAGAGCAUGAUAAGUUCCAUAUUAGAGACCCUUAAGACAUCGCGCAACAAGGAUGAUUCUGACUUGAAUCCUGACAUGGAAGAUGAAGAUGAGUCUGUUUCUGUUGUCCCCACCCGUGACACUAUUUCCUUUCCAUGGGCAAAGGACGGAGUAAACAGCGAUGGCCAGAAAUCGCGUUGGAAGAGCAACACGCUACUGGCAGAGAAAACAAUCCCAGAACCUGAGCUGAGAAGGCUAAGGAAUGUGGCACUGAGGAUGAAGGAGAGGACGAAGGUGGGGGCGUCAGGGGUGAAUGAAGCCCUCGUGGAGAGAAUUCGAAGAAAAUGGAAGGAAGUUGAGGUUGUCAAGCUGAAAUUUGAGGGUCCUCCUGCUCUACAUAUGAAGAGUACUCAUGAUAUCUUAGAGGUUCGUAUUUUCUCAACAUUACCUUGAAUUUUUCAUCAAAUGGAGCAGAAACAAUGCCAUUAUGUAUCUUCUUACAUUUGGGACAUUGAUUCUUGGUUUACUUAAAACAAAGAAAUUGACUGCCUCGCAGUAACUGCUGGUGGACUCUGGUGGAUUUUUUUUAUGUUUAAUUCGAAUGGUAUAUUUGUUUUUUGAUUCUCGACACUUCAUCACAUUUGUUUGUCAAGAACAUGGUGAACUCAUUGAUGUGUAAAAAUUUAUAGUUCCAAUUCUCCCUAUGAUGGUGGAGUAAAAUGUGCCGGAUUUGCAUGUAUUGUCCGGUAUUUAUUUUGCUUGAUCCACUUGCCUAGGAAUUGAACUUGAUUCCAAGCAUUAGAUCUUAUGUUUUCUUUGCUUCCUAGAAAGCAUGUGGAAACUGUAGAUUCCAAAAGCCCUCUAUUUUUCCAGCAGAUAUAUCCAAGUUGUAGGAAAAUUUUAUUUUUUUUUGGAGAAAUUAUAUGUGGUAAUCAGAUGCCUCUAGUGAGAAGGGUACGCAUAAAUGAUGAAUUUAAAGAUCUAAUGAGUUCCCUAAGUGAGCUCCUAUCUUCUGACGAUAUCGCUCAAAUAACCAAUAAUAAUUGCCCAGUGAAAAAGAGAAAAGUGAUCUAAACUGAAGGACCACCGGUUGCCUGAUUUGAAAACCAGUGACCAUAGGGCCAAGUGCCAGAGUACUGUUAAUUCAGAAACUUCCUGCUAAUUUAGUUGUUUAUCCCUUUAUUUGUUCUUUUAUCGAUCCAUAUUCAAUGAGUUAAAACCUUAGGGCUCUCCGUAUGCUAUGAUAAAUAUGGUAUAUAUAUAUGUGUGUGUGUCCUAUAUAGACACGUAUAUAUGUAUGUAUGCACAUAUAUGUAUGUAUUUAUGUGUGCGUGGAGAGAAACACACAGAGAAAGAGUGAAAGAGUGAGAGUAAAUCCUGAAAAUAAAUAAAUACUACAAAGCCCUAAGAUUCCUUUUGACAUGAAUAAACUAAACAUGGCAAGUAUUGGCAGUCAAAGUUGUCAGAGUUUUAUUUUGGGAGGGAAACCUAGUGAAUGUAUGAGGAUUAUUUAUAUAUAUAUAUAUGUGCAUUAUUCGUGUGGCACCAAGUAUCCUUCUUUACAUAGGGAUGGGAUUUCCCACUGCCCGGCAUGUGUAUUCUACCAUGUUAUCUUGAGCGAUAUGGAGCAUGUUAUGGGGUCCUCAUUCUUUGAAUCAGCACUCUCCAUCCCCUUACAGUUAAUGACAAAGGUACAAAGAAUCAUUCACCACUUCCUAUGCACUUCUUGUUGUAACUGAGGAUCAAUUCUUCCAUGAUGCCUGUAUUUUCUCCAUGGGAUUCAUAGUUUCUGAAGAUUCUCUCCAGAAUUGACUUGGUAAUGAGCACCCUCUAAAUUGAUUAUCCCUUUUAUUGUCAAAAAGAGUUUACAUGAAAAUGCAGGUGGGCACUCACUUUAAAACCUCAAAAGCAGGCAGAUCUUUGUAUCCGAUUAUACAUAUUUGGUAUAUCUGCACAUGGAUGGGUAAAGUAUAUUUAUCAUGAAAAAAAUAGAAAAAAAUACAGAUGAACUGAGAUGUUCCCCGGAGAAUAAUAUUUAAUAUCGAAACCUAGUUGUUCUGGUUCUUGAGGUCUGCAUGCGACUUAUUGACAAAUGUUUUCCUACCACCAUCAUCUAUGUUUCAGAAUUUCUUCACAUUCUUUGAACAUCCCUGAAAUUUAGUAAGUUACUAGUGUGUAUAGUUUGAUGCCUCCUGACACCAUGGUUAGCAUAGAUGCGCUCUUAGUGACUGACGCAGAAAUGCGUAAUUAAAUGAUGGUGAUUUUCUUGCAACUCAAAAAAAAUUCAUAUAUUGUGCUUUAUUGAAACACUUGGGACGGAAUGCAGAACAUGUUUUCUUGAACGAUCUUGCUGCAGAAAUUCAGACUUCCUCAAUGUUAAUGUGCAUAUUCUAUUGGAACAUGUUUUCUUGAAUGACCAUGCGGAACAUGAUCUCUUUUUCAGUAUUUAUGUAUGAUUUCUUUAAUUCUCAGAAUGUUUAAUCUUGACGCACAUAUUGUAUUGAGAAUGUUUUGUUAUUCUUUAUAGAGCUUGAUGCAUGCCCCUAGUAUGUUAAACCAAGUAGAAUUUGUAGAACAGAAAAUAGAAGACAGUGAGACAGGAAAGCAAUAGCAGUAAUUUUUCAUGUGAAUAAUCCAUUUGAGUACUGCAACGGUUAAUUCUAAAAUUUGCUAUUUUAGCUAACGCAAUUUUCAUGUCAGAAAAGAACUGGGGGCAUCGUCAUUUGGAGGUCUGGAAGCUCACUUGUACUGUACAGGGGAAUGACAUAUGGGCUUCCUGGCAUGCAAACGUACCCAAAGCAUGAUGAUUCUGUGGAUAUUUCUUCCCCUUCCCCUGGGGAUUUGACUGGUAUUGCUGUCGAAGAAAAUAAAGAUGAUGGUUCAAUUCCACUUUCAAAUAGCUCUGAUGUGAUCUCCGUCACUUCAGAUGACCCAUCCCUUGGAUCAAACGAUAAGUUCGAUAUUGAUAGCUUGCUGGAUGAGUUAGGGCCUCGUUUCAGAGAUUGGUCUGGACGAAACCCUCUGCCUGUAGACGCAGACUUGCUCCCUGCUGUGGUUCCUGGAUAUAAGCCACCAUUUAGACUUUUGCCAUACAAAACAAAGCUUGUGCUUCGAAAUGGGGAGAUGACAUACUUGCGUAGGCUUGCCCGAUCUAUGCCUCCUCAUUUUGCCCUAGGUAUCCUCCUGAAAACUGAUCUCUCCCCUGUUGUGCACAGAAAAUCCAAACAUUCUUACCUGCCUUUAUGUUGCUGACCACUACCAUUUUUACCUACCUUUAGGUAGAAGCAGAAUGCUUCAAGGACUGGCUCAGGCCAUUGUGAAAUUGUGGGAGAAAAGCAUCAUUGCGAAGAUAGCCAUUAAGCGGGGCGUCCCAAAUACCUGCAACGAGAGAAUGGCCGAAGAGAUCAAGGUGGUGGAUAGAAUUCUGUGUCAUUUAUGUUGGCUGUAUGCGGUGAUGUUUGUGUGACGUUUUAUUUCCUUUAACAUUAGACUGUCACCAGUGCUUGUUAUCAUGGUUGAAAUCUGUUCGUUGAUUGAUGCUUGUAACCUUUCAAGGAAAAAAAAUAAAAUCCUUUUAUUUGAUUUAAUUUAAUUUUUUUUCAUGACUGAUGCGUAUAUAUGCUAUUUCUAUUUGCAUGUUGUCAAGACAAAGAAUCCAUUGCGGUUGUGAAGAUGCCACUUUUCUAGAGAUGCUUUGGUCUUGAAUGUGGCACAUCCAACUCCUGAAUCAGCAGGCUUUCUGGAACCCACAAAAACCAGUUACUUACAUUAUGAAAUCAGACCUUGGUGCACUAAGAGGAUCAUGAUAACUUCUCGAUAUUGCCCAGUUCUUCUCCCUCACUUUGCAGUUGACUGUAAUCCUGUAAUCUGAACGUUUAGAGCAGUUUGAAAACCAGAACUUGGGAUCUGGUCGUUGAUCUUAUUCGUUUUCCAAUCAUUAAAUUCCUUCUUUUUUUUAACUGAAUCCAACAUCCGAUUUCAUAUUGCCUGGUCGUCUCACUUGUUUUAUUUUAUUUUCCCAUUCAAUUACUUUAAUUAAUCACCUGUGAACAUAAUAUUACCUGAUUCGGCUCUUCUUGGGUUUGUCUUGCUUACAGAAAUUGACUGGGGGGGUACUUCUAUCCAGGAAUAAGGAGUUUGUAGUCUUCUACAGGGGUAACGAUUUUUUGGUACCCACCAUUACAGAGGUGUUGAGCGAGAGGCAGAACUUGGCAAAUGUCAGACAGGAUGAGGAAGAGCAGGCUCGAUUGAGGGCGUCAGCCUUCAUGGCCUCAAGCACCAGGGCUUCUACUGUGCCACUGGUUGCUGGUACUCUCGCAGAAACAUUGGAGGCGAAGACCCGUUGGGACAGCCAACCUGAUGAUGAAGAGAGAGAGAAGAUGGCGAGGGAGCUGACUUUGGAAAGGCAUGCUUCAGACAUUAGAUUCUUGGAGAAGAAGCUGAAUAUUGUAUGUCUUCCCACACCAGAAAAUCGCUGUUUAUUUACAUCUUUCUUCAGUUUUCGGGCCACUGAUCCCCUGUUUCUGAUGCCAUAUAGGCAAGGGAAAAGGUCAACAGGGCAGAGAAGGCUUUAAUGAAGGUGCAGGCAUUUCUGAGCCCUGCAGAGCUCCCCACUGAUCUGGAAACCGUGACUGAUGAGGAGAGGUCCUUGUAUAGAAAGAUGGGCCUCAAAAUGAAAGCUUUCUUAUCCCUGGGUGAGUUGACCUUUUAUUUUCUUUUCUCCCUACGGUUGCUCAAGACUUGCAGUUAUUAACUCGUGCUCUUUCUCUCUCUAGGAAGGAGAGAAGUGUUCGAUGGUACUGUGGAAAACAUGCAUCUGAACUGGAAACACAGAGAGCUCGUGAAGAUCAUCGUAAGAGGGAAGAGCUUUCCCCAAGUGAAGCACAUCGCUAUAUCUCUGGAGGCUGAGAGUGGGGGGGUUCUGAUCUCUGUGGAUAAGACCACCAAAGGCUAUGCAAUCAUUGUAUAUCGUGGAAAAAACUAUCGCCGGCCACAGGUGCUGAGGCCUAAGAACCUCUUGACUCGGAGGCAGGCAUUAGCCCGUUCAAUCGAGCUCCAGAGACGUGAGGUAAUGCCCAGACCCAGACAUUCAUGUGCCUCUUAACCAUGGUGGUCGGUUCUUCUCACGAUUUCUCUCUGGGUUCUCUUACUCGUCACAAUCCCAGGCGCUGAACUUCCAUAUAUCUACUCUGCGGGAUAGGAUUGAGAUGCUGAAGUCUGACCUGGUAAGCUCGGGUUGCUGUUUUGAGGGGGUGUCCCCUGACAGGCAAAUGUUUCUCUUACAAGUCAACUCCUUUCAGGAACGAAUGAAGGUCAACGGGGCGGGUCAUCAAGAUGCACGUUCACUUCUGGAUCGCUUGUAUCUGUCUGACGAUGAUGUGGAGGUGAGCAUUGGAUUAGGGUUGUUUUCCAUGAUUGUGUGGAGCAACAAAAAUGGCCUAGUAGCUCUCCUUGUUUGAAAGCUAUGAAGCCUUUAUAUGGGUUGAAAAUUUCUGAGUCAGCGUUAAUAGGUCAACGGAGAUUAAUCGUCGUUAGAAACCCUAAUAACCAAAUAUGCUGACUUGUGCAUAUCUUUUCAUCAGGAUGAAGGAGAGGAGGCCUACCUUGGGACAUACGACAGCGAUGACGAUGAUGUGGAUGAGUGA